AUGCCCGAUCAAGCUGAAAUCAUACCAGAUCCAACACUCAUCGACGUGUCAACCGAAAACACACUAGUCACUAUGAUCCCUCGUCACAAGUUCACUUUUCCACCCUGGCCAGCACCUCCAGAAGGCGUCACCAUCAUGUCCUUCAAAAAUUUCAAGCAACGCGGCAUACAGAUCGUACCAGGCCAAUACGAGGAGGAGGUCGAUACCCUUGGCAUCAUAACCGUCGCCGUCAAAACCAGGCAUAGCAAUGAUGUAUGCAAGACGAACACCAAGAGGAAGAAGAGGGCAGAAGAAAACGCGAAGAAGGCUGCUGCUGGCAUCAAGAAGGAUCUCUGGGAGGAAUGGGAGGACAAAGAGAGCACAAGGAUGACUACCGCUCAUGUGCAUAUUACGAGUAGCGAAAAAAUACAGCAGGCUGCUGCUGACUUUAGGUCUGGUCGUCCAUGGCCAAAAACCAUCGACUCACAGCACAACCCCGAACGCAUUUGGCAUCAGUUUCUCAACUUUUGCGGUUUGGGCGACAAUGCACCCCAACCCAAGAAGAAACUCCACAUCAAGGCCUUCAAAGCGGAUGGCGAUGAUGACGAUGAUGACUUUUCCGACGAUGACAAUGGGGAGCUGGCAGACGCCAACGUUAAAGAGCGCAAGAUAUCAUCAUUCGUAGAUGAUCCAGAAACGACCAUCAAGAUUUUCAUGUCGUCUUAUUCCAGACACAAAGGUCUCAUCUGGGCCGAGGAUAACCUCAAAGCAAUCCCAAGACUCAUGGGUUUCUGGAUCGACUUUCUCCUUCGAAACAAAGUUUUCCCGUCCUCCGAGGUCGGCAAACUCAAGCGAGCAAAAGACGUCACCACCCUCGCGCUCAAAGAAUACCCUCUGACAGCCAAGAUAUCCAAAAUCAUCCCAGAUGAGUUCAGCGCUGGAUGCAACGAAUGCUGGGGUACCAAAGCUGAUGGGUACAAGACCCUUACAUUAGAUCUCCCUCCUGCUCCUCCUGCCCCGGUUGUGCCUGCAGAAGACACUGACGUUACCAUGUCCAGUGGACAUAUCACCGAAGUGGCAGACACGGAAACCUCUGCAGCUACGGAAGCUAGUACGACCACGGAAAUACCCGACGAGAGUGGAUGGGGCGCCAAUAGCGCAUCAGCCUGGCCUGGAGCUGACGACGGAGGCUGGGGAACAACAACCAACUCGUCUGGCUGGGGAACAAUCGACACCUCCGACUCUGCAGGCUCAAUCUGGAGUAACAGCAACACCAUUCAACCAGGUGGUAAAGAACCCACAACAGACGACUUCAUCUGGAGCUCCUCCAAACCCACGUCCCUCCUCCCCCUCCUGGGACCUACCGCUCUCCCUCUAACACACGUACCAGGGAUCGUAGAGUCCUCGAUGCGUCGCGUGAAGAGCAUUAAUUUACCACCACAAACAGUGGCUACUGCCCCCGUCUCUGAAGGAGGGCCAGACGCAGAGGCCGUGGAGCUAGAGCUGGAGAAGCGGUUUGCGAGGGUUGUGUUGAGCCCUUGGUUGGACUGGGAUGGGGGGGAGAUUCCGGCGUUUUCGAAACCCAGGAUAUUGGAGUCGAGUGUUGGGGAGGUCGUUGACCCGCUUUCCUCUGCCCCUUCUCCUCCCCCUGUUCAAGCUGGGACUACUGCAAAGAAACCACACGAUCCCUUGACGGACGACAUCACUGUCCUUCUCAAACUCUCGACUGCGCAGGAGUUGAGUGAGGGUGUGGGGUUAGCUGGGACUUGGGUCCAGCUCGUGCGCGUGCCCAAGGUUGUCCAUGCUGAUGCUGAGAGGGGAGAAGGGGGCGAGCCACCGGCGAAGAAGAAGAAGAAAUCGAAGAGCAAGUCGAGUGCGGCGUUGAAGAAGGGGGGGUAUUGGUAUGUUGAUGAUUUGACUGUUACUGUUCCGAGUUUUUGGGCUGUUGUUGGUGCCGCGAAAGAGGAGGUUGAAACUUGA